AUUAUGAAAAGCGUAGGGGCCCAUCGUUAACGGUAACACUAAUUUCUUAACGGUCGUGGCAGAUAGAUUCAAAUUUUAAACACCAAACGCAGAAAAGGAAAAAAAAUAUUCCUCCCCGGUCACGCCUUUCUUUUCUCAUUUCUCUUAUCAUAUCCUUUGCAUUAAGCUUUUUGUUUUUUCGGAGAGAGAGAACGAAAACGAGAGGAACAAUUUGCGUUUCGGAAUUUUUUUCUUUUGGAUUUUAAAAGAAGCGGCUUCGAUGGAAGAUGUUCAGAUCAACGAUACAGUUCCGAUGGAUCCAAAAGUGACUUCAUCUGAUUCACCGGAGAUUUCUAAUCCCCAUUUCGUUGGUGACGCAACUGAGAAAGUGGAGAUCGGAGAUACUUCCGUGGAUGACUGUGAGGAUUCUAUGGCGGAUUCCAUGUUGUGCGAUCCGAAUUCAAGACUCGUGCCCACUGGUUUCACAAAAGCUAAUCGCACAGAUGAGACCAUUAUGUUCAUAAACGCUGGAGGAGUUGAUUCCAAUGUGAUAGACCCUGAACUGAAUAUCCUCAGAGACACUUAUUUCGAAGGAGGGGACGUGAGGAGAACAAACGAGUCUAUAGUCGAAGGAGGAGACUACCCUUUCAUCUACCAGUCAGCUCGUGUAGGGAACUUUUGCUACAGGCUAAACAAUCUUCUUCCUGGAGAAUACUUCAUCGAUUUCCAUUUCGCAGAGAUUAUUAACACCAAUGGACCUAAAGGGAUACGGACGUUCAACGUCUAUGUCUUAUCUGAAUUCGAUAUCUUCUCGGUUGUUGGCGCAAACAGGCCACUUAUGUUGGUUGACUUGAGGGUCGUGGUGAUGGGAGAUGGAUUGAUAAGGGUAAGGUUCGAAGGAAUAAACGGAAGUCCAGUGAUUAGUGGGAUUUGUCUUAGGAAAGCACCACAGGUUUCAGUUGCAAGGACAUCACAGGAUUAUAUUAAGUGUGGGAACUGUGCUGCCGAAAUGGAGAUUUCUCCCGCUCGGAAGAGGCUUAUGCGAGCAAAAGCUCAUGAGAAGUAUGAGAAGAAAAUAGAAGAGCUUUCUGAACGAUACCAACAUAAGACAAAUGAGUGCCACGAAGCAUGGAUGUCACUGACCUCUGCUAAUGAGCGACUAGAGAAAGUGAUGAUGGAACUCGAUAAUAAGGUGUACGAGGCACGCUCUCUAGACCAAACUGUGAUAACGCAAGCUGACUGUCUGAAGAGUGUCACUAGCAAAUAUGAGAAUGACAAGAGACAUUGGGCAUCUGCAAUUGCCAAUCUACAGGAGAAAAUAGAGGUGAUGAAAAGGGAACAAUCUCAGCUAUCUCAGGAAGCACACGAAUGCGUGGAAUCAAUUCCAGAAUUGUACAAAAUGGUUGAUGGUGUUCAGGCACUUGGCAAUAUUAGGGUCUUUUGUCGUUGCCGCCCUUUGAAUAAGGAGGAGACGUCAAGUAAGUGUGCCACAACUGUUGAUUUUGAUGGAGCAAAAGAUGGAGAGCUUGGUGUUAUUACAGGAAACAAUUCCAAAAAAAGUUUCAAGUUUGACAGAGUUUAUACACCGAAAGAUGGUCAAGUUGAUGUCUUUGCAGAUGCUUCUCCUAUGGUUGUUUCAGUGCUAGACGGCUACAAUGUGUGUAUUUUUGCAUACGGGCAAACAGGAACAGGAAAGACGUUUACAAUGGAAGGCACUCCACAGAACAGGGGUGUCAACUAUAGAACCGUUGAGCAAUUAUUUGAAGUUGCUAGAGAAAGGAGAGAGACAAUUUCAUAUGAUAUAUCGGUUAGUGUUCUUGAGGUCUACAACGAACAGAUAAGAGACUUGUUGGCAACAUCACCAGCAUCAAAGAAGUUGGAGAUAAAACAAUCUUCUGAGGGGUCCCAUCAUGUUCCUGGAUUAGUAGAAGCAAAAGUGGAAAACAUAAAUGAAGUGUGGAAUGUGCUUCAGACUGGGAGCAAUGCAAGAUCUGUUGGAUCCAAUAAUGUCAAUGAGCAUAGCAGCCGCUCUCACUGCAUGCUCUCUAUAAUGGUUAAAGCAAAGAACCUGAUGAAUGGUGACUGCACAAAAAGCAAGCUUUGGCUUGUAGAUUUAGCCGGAAGUGAGAGGUUGGCAAAGACUGACGUGCAAGGUGAUCGUCUGAAGGAAGCACAGAACAUCAAUAGGUCACUUUCUGCUCUCGGGGAUGUGAUUUAUGCAUUGGCUACAAAGAGUAGUCACAUUCCAUACAGGAACUCAAAAUUAACACACUUGCUUCAAGAUUCACUGGGAGGCGACUCAAAGACUCUGAUGUUUGUACAAAUCAGUCCCUCUGAGCAUGAUGUGAGUGAGACUUUAAGCUCACUUAACUUUGCAACUCGUGUAAGAGGGGUUGAGUUGGGUCCUGCGAGGAAGCAAGUUGAUACCGGUGAGAUUCAGAAGAUGAAAACAAUGGUGGAGAAAGCAAGGCAAGAAAGCCGAUCUAAAGAUGAAAUGAUAAAGAAACUGGAAGAGAACAUACAGAACCUGGAAGGUAAGAGUAAAGGAAGAGACCACUCAUACAGAAGUCUCCAGGAAAAGAACAAAGAACUUGAAGGCCAGCUUGAGUCGCUUCAUACCCAAUCCGAAAAGCAAAAUGCACAGCUUCUUGAAAGACUAAAAGGCAGAGAUGAGACUUGUAUUAAUCUCCAGCAGAAGGUCAAGGAGCUAGAGUCUAAGCUAAGAGAGAGACACCAAUCAGACUCUGUAGCUUAUAACCAGAAGAUGAAAGAUUUGGAGAGGAAGCAAAAAGAGGAGCAAAGCCAAGAAGCAGUGUUACUACGACAGAAGGUUAAAGAACUUGAAGUGAGGCUAAAGGAGCAAGAGCUGCAUAUACAGCAGAUGGCAGCAACAAGAGAGUUUCCCGAUGUUGCGAGUGCUACUCCAAACGAAGUGAAAACUUGUUUCAAAGAAGAUAACUUUGGCAACGAGAAUGCGGAAUCCAACAACAUCUUAAGAACAUCAAACCGUCUAAAGGCAAGUGCUCGAAGAAACGUUUCUUUGAAUCUCAACGAAGUGAGUAGAAAGAAGAGGAUCUCGAGAAGCAGCGAAACAGAGAACAAUGGUGGUGGUGAUGAUCAUCCUCAUAUGAAUGAGAAACGGAUCAGGAAGUCAGACCCACCAAAAGUUGUCGCCGCCAGAUUAACCAGACCGACAAGACCUGUCUCUGGUCCAUCGAACCAGGUCCCUGUGGCUCAGAGGAGAGUUAUUAACAGAGAACAACAGCAACAAGCUCCUGUUGUGAAAGAGAGAGACCCCAGGAAGAAGAUUUGGUCAAGAUAGCUAAUAUUGCAUAGAGAAUCUCUAAAUCUCUAUAUGCUUACGUUGAUGGUAAUGGUAAUGUAACAAUAACAUCUUUAAGCUUGUUGUUAAUUCACCAUCGACAUUGUUUUUACUUAUUACUACUUCUCUUGUCUCUGACAUGGCUACAAAAGGGUAAUGGGAACAAAACAGAGGACACGUGUUAUCUCAUCUAUCA